AUUACCGGAAGUGCGCGGUGCUGGCCUUUCAUCGUAAAGCACACCACGAGGCGCUUUGGGGGAGAACUUUUGUUCUGAAACUUCCUAAAGUUGGCUGAACUGGUCCAUUUUUGUUGUGUCAUGCUUGACACUGGCGAGACCACUAUAGCUGCGCGUAUUUCGCCCCGUUGUGUCUUUCUAACUUCGUUUACCUGGCGUGGCUUUGAGGCAUCAAGCAGCGCUCGUACUUUUGACAGCCCUGUUCGUCGGCCGACGCGGGUAACAUGUCGGUCGUGUGCGCGCGUUUCUAGGAGCCUUUCAGAAAGAGUUGUCGCAAGGCCUGUUCGGGUUAUUUCCAUCACUGCCACUGGCUACCAAGUCUCAAAACAGAAAUGUCACUGGACGACUAUGAGAGACACUUCGACUCGCUAAAUUCAGAUUUAGGCGGCGGGUCCGUGGUCAGUGAGCGAUCAGGGUCGGGCACGUUUAAUGGCGAAGAAGAGAAGUUGCAUUACAUUCCUAUCCGGAUCCUCGGGAGGGGGGCGUUUGGUGAGGCAACUCUGUACAGGAGGACAGAGGACAACUCGCUGGUGGUAUGGAAGGAGGUGGACCUGAACUCGCUCUCCGAGAAGGAGCGCAGGGAUGUCAUGAACGAGAUAAGCAUCCUCUCCAUGCUGGAGCACAAUAACAUCAUAGCCUACUUCAAUCACUUCAUGGAUAAAAACUCCCUGUUCAUUGAGUUAGAGUAUUGCAAUGGAGGAAAUCUCUACGACAAAAUCAAUCAGCAGAAGGGGAAACUCUUCAGCGAGGAGGUGGUCAUAUGGUACCUGUACCAGAUUGCCUCAGCAGUGUCCCACAUUCACAAGGCUGGGAUCUUACACAGAGAUAUCAAAACUCUGAACAUUUUCCUGACCAAGACCGACCUCAUCAAGCUCGGCGACUACGGCCUCGCUAAGAAGCUUGACGCUGACGUUUCGAUGGCAGAGACUUGUGUGGGAACGCCAUAUUACAUGUCACCAGAAUUGUGCCAGGGAGCAAAGUACAACUUAAAAUCAGACAUCUGGGCCAUGGGUUGUGUCAUCUUUGAAGUCUUAACUCUGACAAGAACAUUUGAUGCAACGAACCCUCUGAACCUUUGUGUGAAAAUAGUCCAGGGAAACUGGACUAUGGAAGUGAACUCGGAUGUUUAUUCCUCGGCGCUGAUCAAACUGGUGUAUGAGUGUCUUGAUCAAGAUCCAGCGAACAGACCCACGUCCGAUCAGAUUCUGGCCCAGCCGAUCAUCUCCUGCUACAGGCAGGAGCUUGAAGAUCGAGUUGCCCUGCUGAAUUCAGCAAUGAAAAAACCAAAGCUGAGUACAGUGACUGACACCCCUGUCGCUGUGGUGACCACGCGCUCAAGAGAGGUGUACUUCUGGGGCGGAGGGAAGUUCACCCCCCACAAGAUGGACAUGUUUAAAGGAGGCAGCAGUGCCCAACACGUGUGUGCAGGCGAGAGUCACUUUGCGGUGGUGACGGUGGAAAAGGAGCUGUAUACAUGGGCCAACGUCCAAUGCGGAGCCAAGAUGGUGGGCCAGCUGGGGCACGGAGACCAGGCCUCGUACCGGCAGCCAAAGAAGGUGGAGAAGCUACAGGGGAAGGCCAUCCGACAGGUGGCGUGUGGAGCUGACUUCACGGCGUGCAUCACUGAUGAGGACCAAAUGUACAUGUUUGGGUCGGACUAUUACGGCUGCAUCGGAGUGGAGGGUGAGCUCGGCAUGGAGAUUUUGGAGCCGGUGCUUUUGGAGUUUUUCGAGGAGCGGCCUGUUCGCCAGGUGUCGUGUGGAGACAACCAUGUGGUGGUCCUGACUCAGUGCGGAGACAUCUACUCCUGGGGCUGUGGAGAGUAUGGGCGUCUCGGUCUAGAAUGUGAGGACGACUUCUCCUCCCCGAUGCAAGUGGACAUCCCUAAAGGUGCCACCAUCACUUCAGUGUCCUGUGGCAGCGAUGGAACCUUCUUUUUGACAGAAGCUGGAAAAGUCCUAGCGUGUGGAAACAAUGAGUUUAAUAAGCUUGGGCUGAACCAGGGAAUCUCUGGUCUCAAAAACCACCCUGGAGAGGCUUACCAGGGAAUCCCGUACAUCACCACACUGACCUUGGCAAAGCAGCUGUCGCGGUUCAAGAUCCACGCCAUAGCUCCAGGGAAGACCCACACAGCUGCAGUUGACGGACGCGGACGUCUGAUCACGUUCGGGUGCAACAAGUACGGACAGCUGGGCGUCAAGGACUUUAAGAAACACCAGGGCGUUCAAGUCCUCGUUGGACCCUUCGGAGGGAAGAUAGUGACCAAACUGUCUUGUGGAGAUGGCUUCACUAUUGCAGCCACUGAGGACAAUCAGAUCUUUGCGUGGGGAAAUGCAGGAAACGGGCGGCUUGGGAUGCCUGCUGAUAAAGGAUUUGGUUCAGAGGUAUGCCCUGCCAUGCCAAGGCCCAUCUUUGGUUCCCUCCACCAUGUACCAGACCUCUCUUGCCGUGGCUGGCACACCAUUAUCAUUAUGGAGAAAGUGCUCAACUCCAAGACUAUUCGCUCAAACAGCAGUGGACUAUCAAUUGGCAGUGGCCUGGGCCAGGAGGCAUCUACAUCCACAGUUGAUCUGGACAUAGAACCUGGUUCAGAGACGGAGUGUCGUGACAGGGGUCUUGGGGGCACAAUGGAGGAUAAUUCAGAGGAGUGCUUCCUGGAGACCCCGAUGAUGUCAGCAACAAGUCAGACUGGCGACAGCUCCUGCCCUUUCUGGCUUAGAAAGGAGCUCGAGGAUGCUGAGUUUAUUCCUUUACCAGAAGGCUCGGAGCUGCCCACUCCUGACCAGCUCUCUUCUAUCUCUGAGAGCAUCACGCUGCCUUAUGAGGAGCUGAAAGAGCUAAAGGCCGCGGCAGCAGCAGUCAGCAGUAAGACGGGCUUAUCGACUAAACGAAUGAGCUGUGGCAGAGUCAACGGACAGGACGAGGAUGAUGUCUUCAAAAAAGGACCCUCAGGGGCAUGCUGUAAAGCAAGUAGCGAGGUCACACAGCUGCGAGAGACGGUUGCUCAUCAAGAGAUGAGGAUCCAGAUGCUUGAGAAGCAGGUCGAUGAGCAGAAGAAGGAGAACGAGAGGCUCUGGGCAGCGAUCAGUCGCUCAACGCUACGGGAAGCAGGAUGCGACAGUAAUGGGAACCAUCGCUCUGAUCGUAUGCCCAGGGAUGAAGGAGGAAGAGGAGGCGGAUUCACAAAGCACGGGGGCCGAUCUGCAGGGGCAAGCGUGUGAGACUUGGGGGAAGUGUCAAAACCGUUAAAUAUUGAAUUGAACAAGCUGGUUAGAUGGGGUGUGGAGGCUCCAUUACAGGGUGCAGCCUUGUGCACCCGUCCAUAAUGGUUACAUUACAGUAUACAUGUUUGACAGAGCACCAAGUUGCAUGAUUACAUUUUCAGUUAUUGCAUAUGUAAUACUGUAUGACACCUUGCACACCGGUAUAUGCACGCAUGUGCAGUGAUCUAGCUAGUUUCUCCACAGACUGAAAUGUUGGCUGGAUUCAACAUGAAGCAUCGGACCUUGUCACCUGCGAAGGACAAUCGUCAUAGCGAUCAGAGUGUUGCGCUGCAAUGUGAAUGUUAAAUCCAUAUUUUUGGUAGUAUUAUUGUUGACUUAAAGUGAUGUCACCAUUGAGUUUUGAGUUGUCAGUGGCUCGGAUGUUAGUAUCCGAUUAUUAUCCAACUAUUUAUCACACAACAGGUAAGACCAGCUAAUGCUAAUAGUAAACUGUUUGCUAAUGCAUCCAAAGGUUUCUUCCUCUCGGUGGUUUAGAGAUGGCCAGCCAGCAUGCUGUCCAGAUCGAUCGUGACUCUUGUUAGUGCCGGCCUCCAAUGUGAAAACUUUCUUAUGUGUCACUUUAUUUGUAUUAUUUUGGUGUCAUUUGAUAUCCUUAAAAGUGCCUCAUACAGAAUAUCCUAUAAUUUUUUUUCCAUAUUUAUCAGACAUGUUAGCUAUUAAAAACAUAUUCUAAUAUUCAUGCAAAUAUAUAUUUUUUUAAUUUGCAUGUUUUAUUGACAUAAAAGAAUUUGUGUGAAACAGAACUACUGAUUCUUUUUUUUUUUUUAAAACAACUUUUGGUUGCCUUUUCUUAUUGGCUUCUUUGACACUUGCAUUCUUGUUGGUGCAGCACAUGUUGAUCAUCCUCGUGACGUGUAUGAACACUUGAAUAGUUUUCUCUGAAAGUGGAAAAUGUGGUCUUUAAAGCAUUUAUAAUAUAGCUGACCUCGCAGCUAUACUUUUAUUGUUUUCUUAAUGCUUUCUUUUUAAACCAUUUUAACUGUCUUCGGUACCUUAUGAAAUGUUUUACCGUAUUAUUCAUCAUUUUGGAAAGCAAAUAUGUAACUUUUCUUUUUAUUUGUUUGAGGUCCGUUGGUUGUUUAUUAUGUGUUAUAACAAAUAUAUAUAUACAGUUUGUGUGUGUAAAACCUUUUGACAUGGCUAUGGUAACUGUCAGAUGUCAACAGUAUCACGCUGGCAGUAUUUUCAGGCAGUAAAACAUUUAAUACAGUGCCUUACUCGCAAGCUAUUGAAACCAAAAUGAAAAAGUGUGUUUACAACAUUUUAAAAUCUGCUUUAUUUUUUUUUCACUGGUUAACCAAAUAUUGUGGCAAUUUAACAGUGUAAACCCUCCUUCUCUCAGUCACACUGUUGCUUCAUGCUUUGUGUAAAAGAUACAAAUAAAACUAACUGCUAUAUUUCA